AUGCACCAGAAACCUCAACAAAGGAUGAAUUUUUUACAGUCUUGCUUUGCUGUUCUCAUGCCUAUAAAGCGUUUGUUGCAGGUCGAAAAUACAGAAGCACAAAAAGCAUAUCUUUUUUCUCAGCUAAAUAUUACGGGUAAAGAGCGACCGAAAUUACUGGAUGUGCGGAAUUAUUGCAAGAGGAAUCAGUCACAUUCACUGGUGGGAACGGAUAAUUAUAUGGCACCAGAAGUGAUUCGGGGUACCGGUCACACCCAGCUUUGUGAUUGGUGGUCAGUUGGUGUAAUUCUGUACGAAAUGAUUGUUAACUGGCGACAUUACCUAGAUUUGAAUAAGUCUUUUGGUAUAAAACUCUCCUCGGAAUGCAUCGAUGUGAUCCGAAGACUAUGUUGUGAGCAGGAAGACAGAUUAGGCUGCAAAAAUGGUGCUGAAGAUCUCAAAAGUCAUGUUUGGUUUAAGGUAUAUCCCCUAUCGAAUUAUUCAACUUACACAUUAUUAUUUUUAUGUUUUGUACGCGGAUAAGC